AUGAGUACCUUGGAGAACUGCCAGGUCUUACGGGUAUGCCUGCCAUCUUCCUCUCCAUUCAUUGCAUCCAUGGAAGCGAGAUUACGCCUGAUUCUAGCAUCAUUUGCUCCAUCCAUACGGAGGGGGCCGAAGACUUGGGAACUUCUGGGGUGCGAAAAAAUGUAUUUUUUCUGAUUGGGCAAACCAAGGUUGAUGAUGGGUCCAUUAGACAGUGGAAACAUAGCUUCCCUGUGCAUGCAGGAAAAGAAAAAUCAAAUAGAAUGUGCAAAUCUGUUGGUAGCAUAUGCUUUCAUGGCGAGCGGUUCUUCACUCCACCCGCAGUUCAUGGCGAGGAUCUCUAAAGAAGGGGGCUUUUCAUUCUCUCACUUGCAGGCCAGCGUGAAUCGGGCGAAGGGAAAUCGAACCGAGAUAUCCAAAGCGGAGCUGAUCCAGAGGAGCAUACGGAAGACUCCCGGCUGCAGGGCUCCCUCAGGUCAGAACCUCAACCAUCCUGUUUAUUUAUUCGCUAUAUGACUCGUCUUUGGGAACAAUAUAUAGACCGGGAGAUGGAUUUCAUGGAGCUCUCAGCGUACGGGGACGUUCACCGGGGCGACGACGCCGGCGGCUGCCGCAUCCAGUGA